AUGACUAAAUUGCCGUUGGAGAUUCGGCGAAUGAUAUACGAAAAAGCGUUGGGCGGGGCUUCGAUUAAAGUAACGGAUAUAAAGGGAGCACUAUUUUCGAGCCGUUGUAGGCUCUUCGAGCAGCUGGACGGACCUGCCCACGUGUUGCUCGAUUUGGCACUCCCCCUUCUGAGGACCUGUCGACAAAUCUAUUCGGAAGCUAUAGAAUAUCUCUACAAGGCAAAUUAUUUCUUAUUCACAACGGACGCAUAUAAGCAGCCGACACUAGAAUACCUCCCAUACUACUUCCUACCGCAACGCCUGACUCAGAUUCGUAGUGUCCACUUCUUCUGGAAAAUGGACAGCCACCACUACUACCUCAUGACACAUGGGUUAGACCCUCAAAUGGAUGAAUGGCUCAAGUCUUGGGACGCAUUGAGCAAACUAACCGGGCUGCAGCACCUGCAUAUCACACUCAGUUAUACCUACUGGAGCGAAGCCUGCAAGGUUCUUUGGGAAGAGCAUGGAGCGAGGCUUCUUGAGCCAAUAAAAAUGAUCACGGCGCCUCGAGACUUCGUCAUAACACUUCCAGGUCGCAGUUGCUCGACAGACAUGGACGUCGGCGAAUCCAAAUGCAUCUUUCGACUACCAAGCGGAGAUGACGGGGACGGUAAUGCGGCCCCUGUGUGA